AGGGUUAGAAUGACUUCCUUGCGCCAACUUGUAAGCUCUAUUGAGUCCAUGCCGAAAUGUUGGCGUUAAAGGGGGAAAGGUGGCAAGGAAGUAUACAACUUGAAAAGAAAAUUCAUGUCGUCGGAAAAAGACAAAAUAACUCUCCUGAAUCCAUUAAUAGCUUCUUUUUUAGCGACUUUUUUGUAUGGCAUCUUAUUUUUGGACAUGAUCUGAAUGAUUACGAGUUGAUGCUAUGGUUUGCUCUCUACCACCCACUAUCUUCUAGCCAUGCGUUGGAGUAUUACUGUUAUUACCAUUGCACUGGCACUUGCCUACGCUGCACGAGCAGACCAUGAUCCAGACAAUCCGGACGGCGUAGCAUAUUGGAUUUCCAAACCAGCCUGUGAUUCUUCUCAUUGUGAAAUCGACAUGCACCCCGGAGAUGAUUUGAAGAUCGAAUGGUUAAAUCCUGGAAAAGGUGAAAUUGCAAUUUAUUUUGACCCGGACGAAUGUCAAGAAAAUGAUGAACAUCUUCAUCGAUUCACAAUCAAGGAUAAAAUUGAUUCUCAUCAUGAUAAACAUAAAUGUAAUUCUGCCGGUCAAAAAGGUUGCGGUUCGUUUGAUUGGAAAAUACCAAAGGAUUUUAAACCGGGAAGAUAUUCUGUCGAACUCGUUGGUAUCACGGAUAAGAAGAUGACAAGUUAUUCCGACCUGGUGAAAAUCUUGCCAGGCAAGGGACACAAGCGCAAACAUAAAAGGGUUCUCUUCUAGGAAUAAUACACCCUCAUUCAUAGUCGAACAAUUGCAAUUGGAUAGCAUUC